AUGCAAGUAACGUAUAAAACGCUACGUAACAAUAUCCCGCAUACAGCAAAAACAGCAACUCAACGACAACCAGCAAUUCAUCAACACGGGCAACAGCAAGAAGAGAAGAAACAUCAACAAGAAGAUCAGAAACAAAUGGCAUUGAGUUUGCAGAAUUUGUUAUUAUCAAGUUUAACACCCUCACCGACAUCAGAACUCCAAUCGUUUUGCGAAUUACUACCCUUCACUGGUGAGGUUGGUCAAAAUGUAGUCCAUUGGCUUAUGGCUUUCAAUGAAGCCUGGUCAACAGCUGGCAUUGACGAAGAUCAACAUCGAUUAUGGCUUCGGUUCAAAUUACAAAUCCACAAUCCGCAACACCAAUUCAGUGAAGCUGCACCUGCCACUGAGCACACCUUAUUAAUCAAUCAAAGACGAAGCCAUGAAAAUGGUAACUUUUUAACUGCACUAGUAUUCAAUGUCGCUGAUACAGCGCCAAAUAUUGUGGAGAAAAUAACAAACCUAUUUACAACCAAUAAUGAUGAGAAAAUUGAAGAUCAUAAGAAAGAAGACUCCAAUAACGCCGAACAAAAUACCAUUGAUGUUAAGCAAGAUGCUGAAGAACAUGGAGAAGAAACACGCGGUUAUACAUUUGACGAAAGAUAA